CCAGCGCUCCAGUGCUGAAAAUUGGUGUCUGGAACAUUCUUCUGUCUUCGCGAUCGUAGUGGACAGUGGUUGGUUGUUCUAUGUGCCAGAAAUUUCGUAUCUGUGCCGGUGGAUGAUUUGCCGGAUUUUUGCUGCAUAGCUCGAGCAUUUGUUGUUGUUGUUUGUUGGUGGUUGAUUCCGUGUAACGUAUUUGCGCUUUCACAGCGUUGGUAAAUAUUUUUAAGCUGUGAAAUGGCCGCAAUGUCCGUUAUAGGAAUUGAUUUUGGCAACGAAUCGUGUUAUAUAGCAGUGGCAAGAGCUGGUGGAAUUGAAACUAUUGCGAAUGAUUACAGUUUGCGAGCAACACCAUCAUGCGUCGCAUUCAGUGGGAAAAAUCGAAUAUUGGGCGUCGCAGCAAAGAACCAAAUGGUAACAAACAUGAAAAAUACCAUAUAUGGGUUUAAAAGACUUCUUGGUCGAAAAUUUAGUGACCCAUACAUACAGCAGGAAGUGAAGCAUUUACCAUACAGGAUUGUUCAGCAUGGGAAUGGCGGAAUAGGUGUUAAGGUGAAUUAUUUGGAUGAAGAACAUGUGUUUUCUCCAGAACAGAUAACAGCAAUGUUAUUUACCAAACUGAAAGAUAUUUCAGAGGUGGCACUGAAAACUAAAGUGAAUGACUGUGUUAUAUCGGUUCCAUCAUUUUUUACUAAUGCUGAACGUAAAGCUCUGCUGGAUGCUGCUAGCAUUGCUGGUCUGAAUAUCUUGAGGCUAAUGAAUGAGACUACCGCUACAGCAUUAGCAUAUGGCAUUUAUAAACAGGACCUACCAGCUCCUGAGGAAAAACCACGCAAUGUGGUCUUCGUUGACUGUGGCCAUGCAUCCUUGCAGAUUUCUGCUUGCGCUUUCCACAAAGGGAAACUAAAGAUGUUGGCUAGUGCAGCAGACCCACAACUUGGUGGCAGGGACAUUGAUGAGAUACUAGCAAAUCAUUUCUGUGUUGACUUUCAAUCGCGUUAUCGAAUUGAUCCUCGUAAUAAUCCCAGAGCUUAUCUGCGCCUCACUACAGAAGUUGAAAAACUGAAGAAACAAAUGUCUGCUAAUUCUAUGAAUCUUCCAAUGAAUAUAGAGUGCUUCAUGGAUGAUAAAGAUGUUCAGGCAUCAAUGAAUAGGGCAGAAAUGGAGAAACUUUGUGCCCACUUGAUUCAGAGAGUUGAACACACGAUGCGCAAAUGCCUGCAGGACUCAGGUCUGCGACUUGAUGAAAUACAUUCCGUUGAAAUUGUUGGUGGGUCUAGCCGCAUACCUGCAAUUAAACACCUUAUAGAGACGGUUUUCGGCAAGUUACCAAGUACAACUCUUAAUCAAGAUGAAGCUGUAGCAAGAGGCUGUGCUCUACAGUGUGCUAUGCUUUCACCAGCUAUUAGAGUGAGAGAAUUUAGUGUUACUGAUAUCCAGACCUAUCCCAUUAAACUAGUGUGGGAUGCAUCAAUGGGUGAAGAUGGAGAAAUGGAAGUGUACACACAAAACCACCCAGUACCAUUCUCAAAAAUGUUGACGUUUUUCCGCAAGGAGCCAUUCUCAAUAAAAGCUUAUUACGUUGGGAACAUACCUUACCCGGAUCCUUACAUUGGACAAUUUAUUGUAAAAGAUGUAAAACCUACUCCGGAAGGAGAGAGCCAAAAAGUUAAAGUUAAAGUUCGCGUUAAUCUGCACGGGAUAUUAUUGAUCAGCAGUGCAUCACUUACAGAGAAGAAAGAAGCUACAGAACAAGAUUCGCAAGAAGACACAUCAAUGGAAAAUGAUUCACAGAGUGCUGCAUCUCAAGCAGGCAGUCAGAAUGAUGCACAGGCUGAACAGGCAGCAAAUCAACAAAACCAUAUAGGUGGAGAGGAUGAUGCAGAAGGACAAGGAAAUACUGAGAAGAAAGAGGCAUCAAAAAAGAAAAAGAUAGUGAAAACAGUCGAUCUUCCUAUAGAGUCUUAUACUCAUGGCAUAUCACAACUAGAUCUGAAUAACUACAUUGAACAAGAGUGCAAAAUGAUUGCAAGUGACAGGCAAGAGAAGGAACGUAUUGAUGCUCGCAAUGCUUUGGAGGAAUAUGUAUAUGAUCUUAGAGGCAAACUUAACAGUGAUGAAGAACUUGCAACUUUCGUUAAUGAUGCUGAUAGAACAUCGCUUUCACAGCAGUUGGAUGAAACUGAAAAUUGGCUGUAUGAAGAGGGAGAGGACUGUAAUAGACAAGUUUAUGUUGAUAGACUGUCAUCAUUGAAGACUCUGGGUGAGCCCAUAAAGAUGAGGCGUCAGGAAUUCGAACAGCGCUCUUGGGUACUAGAGGAAUUUGGAGCGGCCCUUCAGUUAACUCGAAAGGCAGUAGAUCAGUGGAGGGCUGGAGAAGAGCGAUAUAACCAUUUGGCGGAAGCUGAUAUGCAGCAGGUUGAGCAGAAAGUUGAACAGUGCCACAGAUGGUUAGAGGAGAAGAGGUCCCAACUGGCUUCAACACCACGUACUCAAAAUCCACCAAUUACUGUUGCACAGAUUAGGCAAGAGAAGCAGGCUUUUGACAGUGCUGUAAGUCCGGUACUGAACAAACCAAAACCCAAAGUGGAGCCGCCGCCGCAACAGAAUAAAGAGGGUGAAACCAAAGAUGCUCAGGGUGAUAGUUCGAAAACAAAUUCCCAGAAUGAGCAGACGGAGGAAAAGAUGGAUGUAGAAUAAAUUGCAAUAGAUUGCAUUCUAACAUGGCAUUAAAUAUGACGCGUUCAUUUAAAACUGAUAACUUUAUUUAUUAUUGCAGUGAGUUAAUGCAAUAAAGUUGUCAAGGUGAAUAUGUUGGUGACUGUUAAGAAAUGCGAGAGGUUAAACAUAACAAACUGACACAGCUGCUGAUGCAGUUACACGCUUGACAGUAGUUUCACAUUGUGUCGGCUGCUAACAUCUUCAGGAAUUUAAAUAUCGCAUUACGUGUGUUGUUCCUGUGAAUUGCUGUAAAGAAGUCAUUGCUCCAAAUCGGGGUACCUGUUAAUACAACAACUGGUGCCCUUGUAUAUGAAGUCAGUAUUGUUGCACAUUAUUCCUGCUAGAAUGUUAAUUGUUCUGAAGACGUCUCAUAAAUGUUUUUUUGUAAACAUAAAGAGUGUCCUGUGUUUGUGCAGUUCGGCUGUUUGCAUAUGUUUCGCAUGCAACUGAAGCUAUCAAAUUGCUUUCUUCCCAUUGUUCCUUAAGCCACUUCAUUUUUUCUGUGUAGUAGGAGGCCUACCACUUAAACCAGGUGCAUAAAACUUUAGAAACUGUUUGAUUUUAUCUAAUAAGUUAAUGCAUCUGAGCAAACUGAACAUAAUGCAUUUAAAUAUUAUAAUAAAUUGCAGUGAAAUUUGUUGUAAA